AUGUACCAAGGGAAAACCUUGUGUGAUUUAGGGGCCAACAUCAAUCUCAUGCUCCUAUCUGUCUUCAAACAAUUAUCCACUGGACCAGCUAAACCCACCACGGUGACUUUGCAAAUGGCAGACAUAUCCAUCGUCAAGCCAGAAGGGAAGAUUGAAGAUUUGCUAGUCAAGGUAGACAAAUUUAUCUUACCUGCUGACUUCAUCAUUCUGGAUUAUGAAGCUGACGUUGACGUUCCCAUCAUUCUAGGUAGAUCGUUCCUAGAAACUGGAGGAGCAGUUAUCAAUGUACAAAAAGGGGAACUAACCAUGAGAGUUCAUGACGAUGAGAUCAAGUUCAAUAUUGUCAAAGCAAUAAAGUUCCAGGAUGAAGGAGAAGACUUGGAAGAAUGUUUUGCUCUCACUUUGUUAGACAAUCAGCCUAGCAGAAAAACAAAGGAAGAAGAAUACGAGGAAGAAGAAGAAGAGCCACAACAGGAAGGGAAGAGUUGCUAUCUGCGAGAAAGAAGGCCUGAACCUUUGAUAAGAACUGAAAAGGAGAAGCAGCUCAAAAGACCUUCUUCAGAAAAACCUCCUGAGUUAGAACUAAAACCCCUUCCCCAACAUUUAAAGUAUGCAUAUCUGGGGAACAACAACACCCUUCCUGUGAUCAUUUCUUCAUUUCUUACCAAGGAACAAGAAGAAUUGUUGCUUGACAAGCUCAAAAAGUAUCAAGGAGCCAUCGGUUGGACUAUAGCUGAUCUCAAAGUGGAACACGAAAGAAGAUUGAACCCUAUAAUGAAAGAAGUGGUGAGAAAGGAAGUCAUCAAAUGGCUGGAUACAUGGAUCAUAUACCCAAUAUCUGACAACAGUUUGUGCUUAAUUGGGAAAAUGCCACUUCAUGGUGAAAAAAGGAAUAGUCCUGGGACACAAGAUUUCCAGAGAAGGACGGGAAGUGGAUCAAGCCAAAGUAGAAGCUAUAGCAAAAAUGCCGCCACCACUUUUGAAUCUUUGAAAAAUAAGCUCAUCACCACGCCUAUCAUCCAACCUCCAGACUGGAACUUACCCUUUGAACUAAUGUGCGAUGCAAGUGAUCAUGCUAUUGGGGUAGUUCUGGGCCAGAGGAAGGACAAACUUUUUCGUAGCAUAUAUUACGCCAGUAAAACUCUAAAUGAAGCUCAGGUGAACUACACAGUCACUGAAAAGGAGCUAUUGGUUGUAGUAUAUGCUUGUGAAAAAUUCAGGCCUUACAUUUUAGGAUCACAAGUUACUGUCCAUACUGACCAUGCAGCUCUCAAGUACCUCUUCUCAAAAAAGGAAGCAAAACCAAGAUUAAUAAGAUGGGUCCUACUGCUGCAAGAGUUCAAUAUGGAGAUCAAAGAAAGAAAAGGAUGUGAAAAUCAAAUUGCAGAUCAUCUGUCCAGAUUGGAACACAUUGAAGUGGGGCUACCAAUCAAGGAAACGUUCCCUGACGAACAAUUGUUUGUCAUUAAUCACAUAGAGACAAAUGCUCCUUGGUUUGCUGAUAUAGCCAACUUCCUUGCAGCAGGGCUGGAACCUUAUGAGGCGAAUAAAAUGCAGAAGAAGAAAUUUUUUCAUGAUUGCAGGAACUACCUCUGGGACGAACCACUACUGUUCAGAAGAUGCGCAAACCAAAUGAUAAGAAGGUGCGUCCCAGAAGAAGAACAUCCUCAAAUCCUUCAACACUACCAUUCGUCCCCAUAUGGAGGACAUCUAGGAGGAAUCAGGACUGCCUCCAAGGUUCUUCAAUCAGGUUUCUUCUGGCCUUCCCUUUUUUGA